CUGUUACGCGCCACGGUCUCCUCAUCAAUCUGGUCUUGGCUUCUGGUUUGAGAUUGUUUACAUCCAGUCAACCAAGUGAGGAACAGAAAUCACCACCUUCUGAGAUGGACACUGCCAACCAGCUUGUAUCCGGGGGGACGUUUCAGGUGCUGAAAUUACCUCUGGGAUUUAUUAGGAUUUUGGAAUGGCUUUUUGCCAUUUUUGCUUUUGCGACAUGUGGGGGCUACUCUGGGCAGCUGCGGGUUAGUGUGGACUGCAUGGAGAAGGCCAGCAGCAACCUCAGCAUCGGCAUCGACUUUGCUUAUCCCUUCAGAUUGUACCAGGUGUCCUUCGAAGCGCCCGUGUGUGAGGGCAUAAGGAGGGAACUCGUGUUCCUCAUUGGAGACUAUUCAUCCUCCGCAGAGUUCUUCGUCACCAUUGCUGUCUUUGCCUUCCUGUAUUCUCUGAUGGCGACCAUCGUAUACAUCUUCUUCAAGAAUAAAUACCACGAGAACAAUCAAGCACCGCUCAUUGACUUUGUGGUGACAGUGGUGUUCUCCUUCAUGUGGCUGGUCAGUUCAUCUGCUUGGGCAAAGGCUCUGUCUGAUGUGAAACUGGCCACUGAUCCAGAUGAGGUGCAGCUCCUCAUCUCUGCCUGCAAAGACCAGACCAACAGGUGUGGCUCAGUGCACGGAUCACGCUGGUCUGGGCUCAACACCUCAGUGGUAUUUGGGUUCCUCAACUUUGUUCUAUGGGCUGGAAAUAUCUGGUUUGUCUUUAAGGAGACUGCUUGGCACAAGGGGGCUUCCAGGUUGGCACAAGGGGCGUCUGAGAAACAGGCCGGCACCUUUAACCAGGAGCCCUACAACCAGGGAAGCUUUGACCAGACGGGGAGCCAUAACAUCCAGGGAGAUCUCGGCCAGCCAUCUGAGUACAGCCAGGUGGGAGGUCCCACCUCGUACUCCAAUCAAAUGUAG